AUGUAUCUGUCGACUACUUCCCUCGCACACUGGUGUCUUUUUGCCCUAUCGGCGACAGCUCUUCCCAACGCCGUAAAUCAUGCGUCUCCUCCCAUCUCCAUUCAGAUGGCCCAGUCGAUCAUCUCCCGGAGCCAGGGUAUCCUGAUCAGCCAGACCGACUCCUCUGCCCUAUUGCAGGCUGGAUUUACGCAGAAGACGUUCCACGAGAUCCUCUCCACUCAUGCAAACAGUUCCUUGGCCCCAGCACUUAAGGCCUACAUUACUAAGAGCGCCGACUCUGUGGUACCUGUCGUCUCCAACGCAACGCGUGACACGAAAUACCCAUUGGACCGUCUGAGCAGCGGAAACGGUCUACUACGAUUAUGGCAGGAAACCGGGGAUGAAAAGUACAAAACAGCAUUCGAAGCAUUGAGAAAGAGUGUGGAUUUGCAGCCUAGAAAUGACCAAGGCGGGUUAUGGUACUAUGUUUACCCGUACUGGAGUUACCUGGAUGGCAUGUUUAGUCUGACUCCGUUCCUCGCCGCAUACACAAACGAUGUUGGUAACUCUGCCAUGACUGAAGAUACGCUAGAAGACAUGGUCUUCCAACUCGAUCUGCUAUGGCAGCGCUGCUACUCGCAAGAAACCGGUCUCCUAGUACACGGUUACGAUGCCAGCCACACAGCAGUCUGGGCCAACAGCGCUACAGGCGCCAGCCCGCACGUGUGGGGACGCAGUCUGGGAUGGUACUGUAUGGCACUCAUCGAUACGCUCGAAUUGCUCCCCGCGAAUGCAAGCCACGCACGCCAGUACAUCGGAUCUCGGUUCCAACAACUCAUGCCCGCUAUCGUGGCAGCCGCAGAUGGAAAGACCGGGGCGUGGUGGCAGUUAAUGGAUCGACCUGGCGACGAAGGCAACUACUUGGAGAGUAGUGCGAGCAGUAUGUUUGUGUACUCUUUGCUCAAGGGUGUAAGAUUGGGGGCUCUAUCCACGGAUGCAGCAUGGAAUGGCACCGCUUCAUACAGCGGCGGCCAAAGCGCGUAUGUGGAUGUGGCGAAGAAAGCGUACGAGUAUAUCACCGAUACAUUUGUCGUCCAUAAUGGGAACGGGACGCUAGGCUGGAACGGCACGGUUGGGGUAUGCAGUCUGAACUCGACGGCUAGCUAUGAGUACUAUGUGGGACAGCCGAUUGUCUACAACAGUCCUCUGGGGUCGUUGGCCUUUGUGAGGGCAAGUUUGGAGGUCGAAAGAUUGGCCCUACAAGGUUGA